AUGGAGAAGAAAGACUUGAAUAAGCGGCUCGAAGGUGAUCCACAGCCAGCUUACCUCUCCUCUUGCAAAUGUAUGACUUUAUCUGCCAUAUUGAUUCUUCUCAUCAUCGGGGUUGUUGUUGGGUUUAUGACAGUUUACUUAAUACAAGAGGAACAUUAUUUCAUGGAGACGGUGGAACUGCAAGGGCUCAGUUAUGAUCCAGGACUGAGUGAUAAAACAUCAGGAUUUUAUUUAGUUCUGACUGCGACUCUCAAAGAAAAGAUCAGGAAUAUCUUUAGUGCCUCUGCAGUAGCAAGUCACUUUAUUGACUGCCAGAUAGUUGCAUAUGGGAAUGGCAACACAAAUGUUUUGACAACUCUACGUUUGGUCUUGCGGAUCUCUCAAGUCCAGGGGUGUACAGAGAGUUAUGUUCAAGGCCUACUCCGCACUGGACUGAAGGCCAUGUUGAAUGGGAAACCCAUCGUUGUCCCAGAUUACGGAGAGAUCCAUGGCAUCAUCCUUCUUGGGGCAAAUGGAAAAUCAUUAAAUGAGAUUGGGAAUGACAUAAGUAUAUGUCCUGAAGAAACGUUCCCUUGUGGCAACGGCGAAUGCAUCACAAAGCUAAAUCCAGAAUGCGACUUUAUCAAGGACUGUGUUGAUGGUUCAGAUGAAGCCUUUUGUUCCUGUGGAACACGUCCAGUCAUGGCUAAUCGUGUUGUGGGUGGUGAAAACACCCGUCAUGGUGAGCUACCCUGGCAGGUCAGUCUCAGACUACACGGUCAUCAUACCUGUGGCGCAUCCAUCGUCAACAAUCACUGGCUCGUCAGCGCUGCCCAUUGUUUUGAAACAGAAAACGAUCCAAAAUAUUGGACAGCUCUUGUGGGAGCCAAUCUAGUCGGUGGAGAGGAGGACGGAGCCACAAUAGUGAACAUCAAGUCCCUGGUCAUCUCUCCAAGCUACGAUCCCGUGACCACUGACAGUGAUGUGAGCGUGUUGAAGUUGGAAACGCCCUUGACGUUCAGCUCUUAUGUUCAGCCAGUCUGUAUCCCAUCAUCCUCUCAUAUUUUCAGUGCUGGGCAGAACUGCAUCGUCUCUGGCUGGGGAGCUCUUAAUCAGUUCACCAAUGAAAUGCCUUCUACAUUACAGAAGGCAAUUGUGAAGAUCAUUGACUCGAACGUUUGCAACAAGUCAUCUGUAUACAGAGGUACGAUUACCCAAAAUAUGAUGUGUGCUGGUUUUCUUCAAGGGACGGUAGACUCUUGUCAGGGAGAUUCCGGAGGACCUCUGGUAUGCGAGGUGUCCCCUGGACGCUUUUUCUUGGCUGGUGUGGUGAGCUGGGGAAUGGGAUGCGCACAGAUCAACAAGCCUGGGGUCUAUUCCCGCACCACCAAGCUCCGCAACUGGAUUCUGAGCUACACCAAUACUGCACCAACAAUCCAAGUCACCCCCACUGUCCCUAGCAUCACAACAACUGCUGUUCACAAAACUAACUCUAUAAACACAUCUUCAGAGCAUGUCAGUAAUGAUCAUAACCCUGCUCCUGGGAACUGCAGUGGUAAUUAUAACUGUGGCGGAGACAUGUGCAUCAGCAAGACAAAUCCAGAGUGCGACAGAGUCCGUGACUGCCCCAACGAUGCAGAUGAGAAAAACUGUGACUGUGGGAAUCGUCCAGUCAUCGCCCAGAAGAGGAGUAUUGAUGGCGUCACCGCCUACAGAGGUGAAUGGCCGUGGGUGGGCAGUCUGCAGUACCAAGGCACUCACCGCUGUGGAGCUACACUUAUCCACUGCAAAUGGCUCCUGACCGCAGCUCACUGCUUCAGAGGUGACCUGGACCCUGCCAGCUGGACUGUAAGUCUCGGCUCGGUCAUUUGGUCUGGAGUGGGUGCUCUGGUGAUUCCAGUGCAAAGGAUCAUCCCUCAUCCUGCUUUCAAUAGCAGCACCAUGGACUUCGAUGUGGCCCUGGUGGAAAUAUCCACCCCCACCCCAAAAUCCUACACCAUCCAGACUGUGUGUUUGCCUUCCCCCUGGCAUAUCUUCAACAAAAGUAUGGAAUGCUACAUCACUGGAUGGGGUGCUAUGAGGGAGGAUGGAAUGAUAACCAACUUGCUGCAAAAAGCACAGGUUAGUAUCAUUGAUCAGUUGGACUGCCAGCAAGCUUACAAUGCUGAACUUACCAACAACACGAUGUGUGCUGGCUCUAUGGAAGGAGACGUGGACACGUGUUUGGGAGACUUAGGGGGCCCUCUGGUGUGCCAUGAACCCCAGAGUCGCUGGUUUCUGGCUGGGGUGACCACCUGGGGUCACAGCUGCGGUGGACUUGGCUUCCCGGGAGUUUACACGCAAGUCACGGCUGUCAGAGAAUGGAUAUCUACAUACCUCCUUGUUUAAAAAUACAAUCUAGAAAUUUUCUCCACCAUCAUUCUCACAAGUGACGUGCAGUCGUGUCUCUCAGUUGAAAAGAAUGCAUGAAACUCAAAAAUGGACAAGUUUACCAACCAGUUCAUACUGUACAGUUGAAAUAUGUAUUUUUUGGUAUUUAUUAAUAAUGCAUUCAGGUGUAGGAAGCAGUAGCCAUGCUGAAGCCAUGAGGUGAUUAAACCACGUGGCCUCCACUGAAUCACUAGACAUUUUUAACGUAAAUAUUUUUUACGAAAAAUAAGUGAUGUUCCGAUUUGAAAGGCUGCAGAUUUCUUGUUGCCCUUCGCUUAAAAAUAUGUCAAAUUAAGAGUUUUUUUUUUUUUAAAUGGCGAAAUUUGCUCGCCUUGAGUUGGAUCAGUUCUGA